AUGUUUAUAUUUGCAUACGUUCGACCACAUCCUAGUCUCUAUUUCUUUCCCUCAUUCUUUGCUAUUCAGCACUUCUUCUUCUUCUUCUUCUUUUUCUUCUUCUUCUUCUUCUUCUUUUUCUUCUUCUUCUUCUUUUUGUGUUGUUUCUAUCUAUCUAUCUAUCUAUCUCAGUCUGAUCGUAUCUAUCUAUCUAUUGGGCCUACGGGCUCAGAGAUACCCACAUUAAAAAGGCCUUGUGCCACAUUCGAUCCCCGUGGGUGGAUUGAUAAAUACCAUCUAUCUAUCUAUCUAUCUAUCUAUCUAUCUAUCUAUAAGUCUUUUCAUAUCUAUCUAUCUCAGUCUGUUCAUAUCUAUCUAUCUAUCUAUCUAUCUAUCUAUCUAUCUAUCUAUCUAUCUCAAUCUGUCCAUAUCUAUCUAUCUAUCUAUCUAUCUAUCUAUCUCAGUCUGAUCGUAUCUAUCUAUCUCAGUCUGAUUGUAUCUAUCUAUCUAUCUAUCUCAGAUUGA